UCGAAUUCCAUCCGGUUACCGAAUCCGCCAAGAGAAUUGCGGUUUUCGUACCCGAAUUUUACUUGAAAAUUAUUUCAUCAUUUGUUUUUUUUCAAUAAUCAAUUGAUUGAUUUUUAAUUCUUGACCAUUUCAAUCAAUCAUGGUUAAUAUAAUAGAGGAAAGUACUAUAGUUUAUGAAAAAGCCAAGGAUAUUUUACCCAAGAAAGACAAUGGAUUUAUCAAUAAAUUGUUACGAUCAAAAGAUGAUGAAUCCUCAUAUCAACAAUUAGGAAUCGGUGCUGCCAGUGGUUGGGUUACUGGUUUUACUUUCACCAAAUUUGGUAAAGUUGUUUGCUUCGGUGUGGGAAUAUCUCUUGUUGGUGCUUACCUUGGACAUCGUUCAGGUUACCUUAAGAUUGACAUGAAAAAAGUGGAAAAAGACGCAGCCAAUGUAAAGAAGGAGAUGGAAAAAAUGGCAAAGAAAGCAGAAAAAGAAUUACCUGGAAUUAUUGACAAAGCAGGAAAAUACGUCAAAGAUAAUGCACUUCUAGUGCUUGGCUUUUCAGCGGGUUAUCUUAUUGGAGUCGCUUCUGCUUGAAUGUCAACGAUAAAAUGCCAAUUCUAAUUCUAAUUUGACUCUUGAUCAUCUUCUAUUAAAUAUUUUGGCUUUGAUGUUUUCAUUCUUGGUCCAAAAUAAACCAAAUGUAAUUUUCAUUAAUUGUCUUGAUUGCACCGUGAUGAUCAUUUCUAAUUUUAUGCUCCAUCAAGUGUCAACUAAUCAAUUUUAUUUUCAUCUAAACAAUAUUUCAACUCUCUCAAUAAUUAUCAUGGUCAACAAUUUAAUAUUUAGCAAAAUAUUCCCAAUUUUCUGCCCAUCAACUUCACUUACCUGCAAUUAUUUUCAAUUCCAGUAAAGAAAUUAUCUCAACCUUUUAAAUUGAUUUAAUUUCUCAUAUUAAUUUAGUUAUUGUAUUGAUAUAAGAAUUUCUUGACGAUGUGGUUUAAUUUUUCUUCAAUAAACAUUUGAAAACAAUUA